AUGUCCCCUCCCUUCAUUGUUGUUACCAAGCCCUCUUUACUACUCAGUGACAUCGGACAAGUGAGAGGUCCACAGACUUCGCAACAGCAGACAUCGGAGCGGUGGAAACCCCUCAGAGAAUUUACCUCCGGGUCUGCAAUAACCGAGCACGAGUCUGUUCCUGCGGUCCCCGCGGGCAAACAACAAAGGGAAAACAGGAGCGCUGAAGCCAGGGGCGCGCCCGGGCCCGACGUGCCGCUGGGCCGUGAGGGGAACUCCGGGAAGGUCCGCGUCCUCGGCUCCUUCCUGGAGGGUCUCGCCCUCGCUCAGACCGAACGUCACGACACGAAGCGCCUGAAGGAUGCCAGGCCGCUGACGGGAGGCAAACCCGUCGGACGCCCAGAGAGGAAAUGCCGCGCAGGCGCAAAAGGCGGCCGCGUGGGCGACGGGCCGCACUGCGCACGCGCGCCGCUCCGGGCCGAGGCCCUUCUCUCCUCCGGGAGGUGGAGCGCAGCCCAAUUGCUCCUCCCUCUCGCCCCGCCUUCUGCGUUGCCAUGGGGACCCAACGGCCCGAGCCGGCCCACCGCGGCGCCGCCCGGCCGGUUGCCGCUCGCGGAUCUGGAAGACCACGGAGGUUACAGAAAGUCCACCGUCAUGAGCAGGAAGCGGUCGGGUCUGGGCCGUUGCAGGCAUUUCUUUUGGCUGGGCGUCGUCUUCGACAUGGUGGGGGCGGUGAUGCUGUUCGUCGGCAUCUUCGCCGAGCUGAUCUUCUACGACAUGCUGCUCUACAUGGGCGCCAUCAUCAUCUUCCUCAGCCUGCUCUGGUGGGUCUCCUGGUACACCGGCAACAUCGAACUGCUUCCCGAAGAGACCCUCGGGCUGACCUCCCAGCUGGCCUCCAGAAACAUGGUGAGCGCCCUGCAGCAGAGCGUCAGCCACCGCUUCUCUUGGUCCAUGGGGACCCUCUCCAACAGCUUUCUGCGGAUCCGGCGACAGCGGCAGCGGCGGCGCUCCUGGAGGACCCUGCAGAGGACGGCUGCCCCGGGGAUGACCGGUACCGGCCAGCUCGAGCAAGAAGCCGAAGGUGACAGGGACAGCGACCACUGCCAGGCCUUUUGCCAAGGGGCUCUGAGCAGCACGCCUGAAGACGAGGGAAGUUCAGAGUCCUUUGGACCCCCAAGCCCUGACUCAGGUCCGCCAUGGUUUGAUCGGCAACCCUUGCCUCAUCUGGUCCCGCCCGUUCUCCCUCUGUCCACUCUGGACCAGCCUUUGCCUUCUACUGUUUCAUUCCCUAAGAGUCUGCCUGUAGUUCCCUUGGUUUCUUCCACUCAGAAUCCAGCCUUCUCUACGUGUAGGAGCCACCCUGUAAUUUCUGAGGCCUCUCGGAGCCACGUCCUAGGCCCUAUGGCCUCACAGAGCCACCUCCAGGUCCCUGUGGCCUCUGAAAGCCAACCUGUGUUGCUGGCAGCCUCUCGUAGUUUCCUCCACGUCCCUGGGGCCUCUCAGACCCACCGUCUGGCUCCUAUGGACUCUCAGAGCCAUCCUCUGGCACCUGUGUACUCUCAGAGCCACACCUUGUUACCUGCGGCCUCACGGAGCCACCUCCAGGUCCCUGUGACCUCUGAAAGUCAACCUGUGUUGCUGGCAGCCUCUCGGAGUUGCCACCAUGUCACUAGGGCCUCUCAGACCCACUGUCUGGCUCCUAUGGACUCUCAGAGCCAUCCUCUGGCACCUGUGUACUCUCAGAGCCACACCUUGUUACCUGUGGCCUCACGGAGCCACCUCCAGGUCCCUGUGACCUCUGAAAGUCAACCUGUGUUGCUUGCAGCCUCUCGGAGCUGCCACCAUGUCACUAGGGCCUCUCAGACCCACUGUCUGGCUCCUAUGGACUCUCAGAGCCAUCCUCUGGCACCUGUGAACUCUCAGAGCCACACCAUGUCACCUGCAGCCUCACGGAGCCACCUCCAGGUCCCUGUGACCUCUAAGAGCCAGCCUCUGCCUUCUGCGGCCUCUCAGUGCCAUCUCCAGGUCCCUGUGACCUCUAAGAGCCAGCCUCUGCCUUCUGCGGCCUCUCAGUGCCAUCUCCGGGUCCCUGUGUCCUCUCAGAGCCAACCUGUGGUGUCUGUGGCCUCACAGAGGCAGCACUGGAAUUUUCCUCUGGUCUCUGGACCUCAGCCUCCACCUGUUCAGGCUUCUGGAACCCAGGCUGCGGGCACCCAGGUUCCUGUGCUGCAGCGUCUGUCUGACCAGGCUUUCCAGACUGUAGACCCAGCGGAUUCAGAGACUGGGCGGGCCCUGCUUCCGCCUCCCCAGGCCACUGAGAGCAUCUGUGCAGUGCAGGAGAUUUCUCUACGUCAGGCUGCACCUGGCCUGGAGGCACCUACGGAGCCACUUGCGCAGGCUUCUGAGACCGCCCCACCUCCAGGACAGCGCCCCGACACCGCGUCACCUGCCUCUGAGGCUGCACCUCCAGCCACUCCGGGGCAACCAUUCGUCCCCACUGAGACCACUCCAGCCUCAAAGCCCAAGAAGAAAAGUCAUUCUGUCUAGCGAGGGCCAGACAGCAGCCAUCUGAAUGGCUGUGCUGACCUCUGCCAAGACACAGUGAUCAUCGUGGGAAACUCAACAGGAAGGCACCAACUUGGAACCAGCCACCAGCCCCUCACCAGACACCAAACUUGCUGACACCUUGAUCUUGAACCUCUCGGCCUCCAGCUCUGUGAGAAAUAAAUUCCUGUUGUUUAUAAGUUAUCCAGUCUCUGGUAUUUUGUUAUCACAGCAUGAAUGGACUACGAUAAUAUCCAUGUCUCUGUCUACCUCACAGGUCAGUUUUCACCUGACUCCAACUACCAAGUAUCCCAGUAUAUCUCAUAUUAUGGGAAAAGAGU